UUAAUUAAUUAAUUAAUAAUGAUGCCUGAGUUUCAUCGCGUAUUUCAAGCAGACGCUGAUGCAGCAGAAGCAGGUGGAUGCGGCGCUGAGACCGCAGAUUCUAGGGUUCAACCGAGACACAGGCGAUCUAAUAGUGCUUCUGAUAGGAACCUGAAACUCUCAAGAGGUGGAGUUUUGCGUCCUAUAGAGAAAGAACAGGAUGAAUUUGAGGUAUCAGCUCCUUCAGGGAGGACUUCUAGGUUACAAAGUCCUUUGCAUGAUAACCUCAAUGAUGCAAACAAGAAUAUUUUUUCAGGUCACAGAGCAUCCUUGGAAAAAGAUGUUGAGCAGCUACAGUUACGCCUGCAGCAGGAGAAGUCUAUGCGUAACCUACUGGAGAGAGCAAUGGGCCGAGCAUCAAGUACUUUAUCACCUGGACACAGACACGUUGCUGGUCAGACAAAAGAUUUAAUUGCUGAAAUUGAGUUACUUGAAGAAGAGGUUACGAGCCGGGAGCAACAUGUGCUUGCUAUGUACAGGAAUAUUUUUGAACAUUGUGUUAGCCAGCCACCUUCUGAACAGAAUUCUAGUGUGACUUCACCUGCUCAUACAAGGCAUGAAUCGAGGAAGCAUCCAAGUAUAAUUUCAAGUGCUUUCUGUUCAUCAAAAAAGUUUCCCUUACGGCCCUUGCAAACACUUAUUUCGAAUAAUGACCUGAAGAAUAGAAUCUUUGGGUCAAGUCAUGCUCCUUUAUCAAGUGGCAAUGGCAAAGUUAAUUUCGGAAAGAAUGGUUCUGAUUCCACCACCAAGGUUCGCGAGAAGGUUUCUAUGGCAGAGAAAACUCCAGUAUUGCAAACUUUAAAAGACCAUUUACACCAGUGCCCUAGCAGGCUUUCUGAGGAGAUGGUGAAGUGUAUGGCAACUGUAUAUUUCUGGCUCCGUAGUGCAAAAUCUGCAAAUGCUAAAAACAGCCGGUCACCUUUAUUGUCAAGGUCAUCCACUAACGCCAUACAGCCUCGCCAUGGCGUUGUAGAGGAGCGAGACUGUUCUAGCAAAUCAGCAGUGGAAAUAUCUUGGAUAGCUACUCGCAAACGUCAUUCUUCUCAUGCUUCUUAUGCCAUCGACAACUACAGGGUUCUAGUUGAACAACUUGAAAGGGUGAAUGUCGGUCAAAUGGAUUGUGAUGGGCAAAUUGCAUUUUGGAUCAACGUUCAUAACGCUCUGGUGAUGCAUGCAUAUUUAGCGUAUGGAAUUCCCCAGGGCGCUCUCAGAAGGCUUGCCUUGUUUCACAAGGCUGCUUACAACAUUGGCGGACAUAUUAUAAGUGCAAAUGCCAUAGAACAAGCGAUAUUUUGCUUCCGAACACCUCGCAUUGGAAGGUGGCUUGAAAGCGUUGUGUCUGCUGCCCUAAGGAAGAAAAGUGGUGAAGAAAGACAGCUUUUGAGCUCAAAAUUGGGUAUUACUGAUCCCCUACCACUUGUCUUCUUUGCCCUUUGCACGGGAGCAUUGUCAGAUCCAGUGCUAAGAGUUUACUCAGCAUCACAUAUAAGAGAAGAGCUGAGUGCUGCCAAGAGAGAGUUUCUACAAGCAAAUGUAGUUGUGAAGAAGUCAAGUAAAGUUUUUCUCCCUAAAUUGGUGGAAAGAUUUUCUAGAGAAGCAUCGAUCAGCUUAGAUGAUAUCCUAGGAUGGGUCAUGGAUAGUGUCGACAAGAAGCUGCAUGAUUCAAUACAAAAGUGCCUUGAUCGUAAAUCAAAUAAAAAAUCUUCUCAUAUGAUAGAAUGGCUACCUUACAGUUCUAGAUUUAGGUACAUGUUCUCGAAGGAUCUAAUAGACAAACCAUGGUGGGUAUGACAAUUUGCUUCGCUGAAGUGGUUCUUAUUGACAUUUUGCUAUUGCAUGGAGCAUAGCUUGUUUGAAGAAGCGAGGAAGUUAACUGUAGGUGCCUAGAGAAAUUUCCUGUACAUUUGGACAUAAUAUGCUUUCUUUGCUUAGAUAAAACUAGAAGACACCCAACAUGUUGUAUCCAUAAACUCUCAUUUAUCUAGGAAGUUGUAGCAUAGAAUCUAAUACUCCAUAUAGACACAGUAUUAUUCUGUUCGUAGUUAAUGCUA